CAAGGAAAAUGCCACAGCAGUAAUUUGAACAAAAAAUAAAUUGGCCAUUCUUCUUGUGUGUUGCAAGAUUAAACAAAAGUACAUUCUGACCCGCCAUUGUGACAAUGACAUACUCUGCUUUCAGUUUGAUGGUAAAGGCUUUCAGCAGGCAUUAUUCAACAAUAAUAGAAAGUAACCAAGUACUUGUACUUGAGCACACCAGACCACAAAGUCAGCAAACAUUUGAAAGCUCAUCACUGACUGGAUGAUGUAGCUAGUAGUAGCUAUGUUCUUGAAGUGAAGAAAUAGGACUAGGCAAGCGUCUCCCACCGACAUAAACACUUCUGUUCUCUGCGACAGUUCGGGGGCCAAGAAGGAAAAGUUGUAAGCAUGCGUAUUGAAUAUGCUUAGCUCCUCCCACACACAUACUUCUCUCUCAGUAAUCACAAUUCUUGCCCAUCGCUACUGAUUUCUUUGCCACCAUAUGUUUGAUUCUGCAAACCGUCUCGAUCGUUUUUGUGAGCAGAAGAACACUCAUGCGAAUAAAUCAGUCGCUUCCGGGUUGACGAAAACCCCAUGUUCGGCAAAACGUCCGCUUGCAGCAUGAAAAAAUUGUAACGAAGGAGUUUCCGUCCCGGAUUCUUGUUCUCGGAUACACCGUUAUUUCGAUCCCAUUCUUGGCACAAAUAACCCCACAGGGCUUCCGCCUCUUCUCCAUCUAGUUCGGCCAGGUACGGGAAGGAUCGCCACCUACCUGGCCUUGAAGUGCUCGUACAUGGCGCCCCAGAACCAGGCAUGUUCCAGUUUACAAUGUCUGUUUGCCCCCACACGUCCACCACUGAUCCAUCUUGCAGCCGGCCCGGAGCAAUCUCCCAAGUAACGUACUAUGUAUAUUUGUAUUACGAAAAGAUUUGUGUUUUAUGGGACGGGUGGACAAAUGAAAGAAGUCAGAAGAGAAGAAGGCAUGAGAAUUGACUGUGUUUGUAGACUUCCAAUAGCGAGUUACAUAUGAAAAGAUAUGGAUGUCUUCAAUGCAAACUCACUUCCUCGGCACCAAUGAAGACAUUCCAUCGGUUUUGAAAGACAGUGCUCCAAAUGAGUCGCGAACUUUCCGUGGUACAUCCAGGGGCUAUCGUCUCGAACCAAAUAUUUCCACCAACCAUAGCCGUUACCAUCACCCAAGUCACCACCGAUGUGGGUCCACGCGCAAACAACUGCGCGCGGAUAGGCGUGGUCGUAGCACCGCUAUCGCGUUUCUUUCUUGGAUCAUGGGUAAUGUCACCGUUCGUUCGGUCCGCAUUUUUCCAACCCAGGGGGAGAAAGACGAGCCAUGCACAGCAGGCCACGUAGCUCAGAAGAUUCGAGUUCCGUAUGCACAGGGAUAUGCCGAGGUGCAUCAUGGAGAUCACGCCAAUGGCGAACCAAACCGUUUUGGCGCUCCCAAGAUAGGAUCCCGCCAGUGCCACUGGGGCACACAGGAGCUCUACCCACACCACCAAUGGUGUCAUCAAGCGCAGGCCUUCGGGUCCGAUCAUGCCGUACAGAUGCUGUGCCGGAACCGUGUGUCGCGCAUAGGUGUCGAGGGCCGGGAGGGGGUCGGCGUGGUACGUCCAUCCCUUUUUGGGAUCCAUAUAUUUUCCAGAUCCGGCGUCGAAGUAGAUCCAGACGACCAACAUUUUGAGUGCCACCGUGGCAGGAUUGAUAAAGACAUUCUUUUCGCGGAUGGAUUUCGUUGCAGUUGCAGUGGCAUUGGCAUGCCGAGGUUUUAAGACUGCAGCAAGACUCCAUCGUUCGUCAAGCGGCAAAAACAUGGAGUAGAAGAGCAAAUAAUAAAAAUAUCGAUCCAGUAUAAAGUAAAGCCAAGUGU